GUCGCCGAAAGAAGAAGCAUAUAUCAGCAGCUGUUGUAAACAAAUUAUGGCACGUGCGUAUUCCUGGUCAAUUGUAUUUAUUUGUUGAAUAGCGAAGUAAUGCCCGAUAUUGAGGGCUAUAAAGUGAUACCCUUGCGGCUCACAGCCGAUCGAGCUUUGGAACUUUGCCACCAGAUUUUCAUGCGCGAGCACUUCAUACGCCUUGAAGAUGCGAGUAAACCGAAGGGACGCACACUUUUCCUACUCAACGUGCCACCUUACGUAUCGGAACAAAGCUUGGGCCGCUUCUUCCGCAAGAGUGUUGAUGUACUAAAUAAAGUAAGCUUCGCUGAACGUCCAGGUCGAAACGAAAGCGAAAAAUGGCAGAAAUAUAACAUCCCAUUCAGCAGUUCAGCUGUGCCUUUUAAAUUUAAAGUGGCUUACGUUGUCUUUCAAAAAAGUACGGGCGUGCAACGUUCUCUACAAUUGAGUAGCAUUGAUUUGUUUAACAGCGAUGGCGACUGUGUACUAGAAUCGGGUAUGCAGUUGUGGCACAGUCAGUAUGAGGAGCGUAUAUUGGAUGAAACAGAGGCACAAGCACGCAUUGACAAGUUUAUGGAAGCGUAUGAUAAACGCGAGAAGAAAGCGCUGGAGGCGGCUAAAAACUCCGAAGCCGAUGCGGACGGUUGGGUGACUGUUGGCAAACAAGGCCGUAAUGCCGGAUUUGAACAGAAAGAAUCUGUGGUUGGUCGCUUAGAAGAAAAGAUAGUUCGCGGCAAGAAAAAGAAGGAAUUAGAUAAUUUCUAUACGUUUCAAAUACGCGAGUCGAAAAUGAAAAAUAUAGUAGAAUUGCGUAAAAAGUUCGAAGAAGACAAGCAAAAAAUUGAAGCGCUUAAAAAGACCAGGCGUUUUAGACCCUUUUAAAGUUGGUAGUUUUUAAUAAAUGAAGCUAUACAUUCUUAUAAA